AUGCCGUUACCUUCGGAAUCCGGUGGCAGCAGCCAUGAACUCGCCCCUUCUUUACCCUUGGGAGUUGGAAGCCCGGAGGCGCAGAGUGGGCUGGAACCGCAGCAUCAGUCGUCGCCAUCAGACAAGUCCACUACUUCAGAUGACACUGACGAGAACAACAAACAUUCCAAAGUCACAGAAAAUGCUUUGAAGAGGCCUGAGAAUGAUACCAAACCCUCAGACAAUACCAAGACUUCAGAGAAUGCCAAGACAUCUGAAGAUACCAAGAUGUCUGAAAAUACAGAACGUCCAAAGCACGAGAACCCGGGCUUCAAUGACGACGAAAUGGCGUUGUUGCUCUUGGAGAGUCACGUGGAAGCUUGUCAUCGCGUACGAAAUAGAUUCGCCAAAUACUACCAGAGGGGUUCAUAG